GAAACGGGGAAGAGUGUCUUAGCCACUAAGCAGAGAUGGAGUGGUGGCUGUCAAUGCCAAAGAUAGAACUGCAUGCUCACCUCAAUGGAUCUAUCAGAUACCUCACGCUUAUAGAACUUGCUCGAGCUUUGGCUGACAAGGGUGUCAUAGAUUUCCGCCGCGUGGAGCAUAUUAUCCUUAAAAGUGAUCGUAAAUUACACGAGGUAUUCAAGUUGUUUGACUUAAUCCACAUUAUUACAACAGAUCACGCGAGUGUUACCAGGAUUACCAAAGAAGUUGUUGAAGAUUUUGCAUCAGAGAAUGUUGUGUAUCUGGAGCUGAGAACUACUCCAAAGAAUAAUGUUUCGCAAGGAAUGAGCAAACGCUCUUACAUGGAAGCUGUACUUGACGGUCUAAGAGCUAUCAAUUCAGUUGAUGUGGCUUUUAUUCCUUCCAGCGAGGAGCCUAGAAUUCUUUCAAAUCCAUUACUUUCAGGCACUAAUGAUAAAUGUAGUGAAGAGACUAGAAAAAAAAUCUUUGUUAAGCUUAUCUUGAGCAUCGACCGUAGGGAGACAACAGAAAUGGCAAUGGAAACUGUCAUGCUUGCACUGGAAAUGAAGCAUUUAGGGGUUGUUGGAAUUGACCUCUCCGGGAAUCCGUAUCUGGGUGAAUGGAAUACAUAUUUGCCAGCAUUGCAAUUUGCUCGAGAACAAGGUCUUUAUGUAACUCUUCACUGUGGAGAGGUACAUAAACCAAAGGAGAUACAUGAUAUGCUCGACUUUCUUCCCCAUAGGAUUGGACAUGCUUGUUGCUUUGAGAACGAGCACUGGAUAAAGCUUAAGUCCUCUAACAUUCCGGUUGAAAUUUGUUUAACAUCAAACAUUCAGACACUUUCUGUUCAAACAAUAGAAGCUCACCAUUUCGGGCAUUUGUAUGAAGCAAAGCAUCCUUUAAUCCUAUGUACCGAUGACCCAGGCGUAUUCUCUACCAGUCUGUCCAUCGAAUACCAAACUGCUGCUGCUUCAUUUGGCCUUGGAAGGAAAGAAAUGUUUGAGCUAUCAAAGAAUGCUGUCGAGUUUAUAUUUGCAGAUAAUGCAGUAAAGCAGGAGUUAAUAAAUUUGUUUAAUUCGGCAGCAACGAAUCUGGAGUUAUAA